UACCGAGUAGUGUCCCUGUACGAUAGACAAUCAUGGAAGUUAUCUCACUACUUGAUGUUUUAGUGUCUAAAAUGAUGACUGUAGAUUAUGAAGUGUUAAAAUAUAUAUCUUAUGUGUAUUUUGUUAAUUCUGCCUUUGUUCUGUUAUUGUUACAAUUUUUAAGUGCACCGUAUGGGCGUUAUGCAAGAUCUGGAUGGGGACGUAUGCUAAACGCAAAAUUCGCCUGGUUUAUACAAGAACUGCCGUCUUUCGCAGUUCCAGUAAUUUUAAUUUUUGCAACAGACACUUGGAAAUCAAUAUCCGUGUGUAGUAAAGUAACAUUGACAUGUUUUCUUGUGCAUUAUUUUCAAAGAACUUUUAUUUUCUCCUUUCUGAUCAGAGGAGGAAAGCCAACACCAUUUGCAACCUUUUCAAUGGCGUUUUUAUUCUGUGUUGUUAAUGGAUAUUUACAAGGAGGAUAUCUUCUCUUUCACGCCCCACGUGAUGACAACAAAUGUCUUACAUCACCACAGUUUAUGAUAGGUCUGGUUAUGUUUUUCACUGGUAUGGUAAUAAACAUUCAUUCUGACCAUGUUUUAAGAAAUUUGAGGAAACCAGGUGAAACUGGAUACCAGAUACCUCGUGGUGGCAUGUUUAGCUAUGUCUCAGGUGCUAAUUUCUUUGGUGAGAUUUUAGAAUGGUGGGGAUUCUUUGUUUUAUGUCCUUCGUUACCAAGUUUAGCGUUUGCUGUUUUUACUACUUGUAAUAUAGGACCACGAGCAUUACAGCAUCACAGAUGGUACCUACAAAAGUUUGAAGAUUAUCCACGGAACAGAAAAGCUGUUAUACCAUUUAUUCUGUAGAAAAAGGAACUGCAGAUCAAGAAUUACCAAAUUCACAGAAAUUAAAUACUGAAACUUUAAGGCAUUAGGCGUGUGAAACAGUACAAGGAAUAUCAUAUACAACAUUGAUCUCAUAAUACUAUUAUUAGAUAUUGGUGCUUUGUUUUUUAUUUGUAUUCUUCUGUAGAUAUGUAUAUUGAAUUUCUUAUUACAGAUAAA